GAGGUGAUUGAAGCCAUGAUCAUCGACAAUCAAAGGGAAUCGAACAAGACACUCAAUUUGAGUGUUGAUGACUUCUCGAAGAUGAAAAGAUUGAGAUUGCUCAAAGUUCUUUGCCUCUCAAAUUGUGAUGGUCUCAAAUAUCUUUCUAAUGAGCUACGGCUUUUAGAUUGGAAAGGAUUUCCUUUAAGAUCUCUGCCCUCAGGCUUUCAACCGGACAACCUUGUUGCACUUCUCUUACAAUACAGUUGCAUUGAACAACUAUGGAAGGGAACCAGACCCUUGUACAAACUGAAAGUGUUAAACCUCAGAGGCUCCCCGAACCUGAUCAAGACUCCGGACUUCACAAUGGCCCCAGAUCUUGAAGUUCUGAUCCUGGAAGGUUGUACAAAAAUAGUUGAUGUUCAUCCAUCCGUAGCAGAGCUUAAGAGGCUUCAAAAUUUGAAUUUGAGAGGCUGCAAAAGUCUUAGGAAUCUUCCAACCAAAAUUGGAAUGGAAUCUCUUCAAACAUUCAUUCUUUCGGGUUGCUCAAAUCUUCUGUGGUUUCCAGAGAUUGAUUGCAAAAUGGAUUGUCUAAAAACUCUUGAUCUUUCCGGAUGUUAUAGAGUUGGAUUUUUGCCAGAGAGUUUGCAGCUAGCAGAGUUUUUGGAAAAGCUUGACUUGAGUGAAACGGCUAUAACAAAACCACCUUCCUGCAUUUUUCGACUUAAAAAUCUUAAAGUUUUGUCUUUCAACGGCCGCAAGGGAUCUUCAUCUAAGUUUCGAAAAAAUCUGCCUUCUCUCUUCAAAAAAAAUCCAACGAGGAAAGACGAAUUCAAUGGCUCUGAUGUUGCCUUCGUUGUCGGGUUUGAGUUCAUUGACAAAGCUGAAACUAAGCGACUGCAAUCUUUGUGAAGGAGAUAUUCCUACUGAUAUUUCUUGUCUAUCCUCUUUGGUAAUGCUCAAUCUCAGUGGUAACAAUUUCAUCAGCCUACCUGAUUCUCUUACUCGACUUUCCAAUCUUAAUAAACUGGCAUUGAUGAAUUGCCGGGGGCUGAAAUCGUUGCCUGAGCUUCCAACAAGUGUAGAAUAUGUGAGCAUAGCUGAUUGUGCUUCUCUGGAACUAAUUGCUAAUCCAUCCAAAGUAUGCAAUUCAUGGGAUUGGAAUAUUAUAGCUCCCAACUGCUACAGAUUGGCUGAGAAUAUCAAUGCAUUAACAUUGUGUUACAGUAGGAGGAGAAGAGCGUGGAAAUAACGAAGGAAUUGAGAGAAGAGGAGGUCAAGGGUUAGGGUUUGAUGAAGGAGAAUUGGGGAUCGAAGGAAGAGAGGGAUUUGAAAUUGGGGAUUUAGGGAUUAAAAGUAAAAGAAGAAGGAACGAGGUAAUUACCUGAUGGGGAGCAGAUUACACGCUGGAGCAAUAUUGAGUUGGAUCGUCUGCGUGCAGUCCAGCAAGAGAGGAAGGAGCCCAAGUUUGAUGGCCCAGGACCUGAUGAGAGAA